AUGGGAUCUUUAACGAAGCUACCAUCUGAGCUUUGGUCUGCAAUAUUAGAGCAGCUGGAUCAGAGGGAUCAAUCUUCAACUUCAGCUGCUCUCAUGAUUGCAUUUCCGAAAGCACCUGUCGAUUUCAAACACGUUUGGAUGCAUAUACACCUACGAAAUGAGCUUCAAGUAAAGGCGCUCAAUAUGAAAUUAAUGAAUGAUAGGGAAAUGAAAUUAACAUUGCAAUCACAAUCUUAUCUAGGUCAAUCACUACGCCACACUGCUAUGCUCGGUGAUCCUUACUUUUUGAUAAACGUAUAUGAAAGCUUAAAGCAUGUGCAAUUAUUAUCAAUAUUCGUUGGACCUGCUUUUGCUCCUGAACACUUAAGCGAAUUCUUCAAUAAACCUCGUAAUAAUUUGAGAACACUAAACAUACACUUCCGUCCAUAUCUUAAAAGGCGUUCUUAUUACCAGUUUUUAAAAGGUGCUUACUUUGACUCUACUUUAGAGCAAUUAGCUCUAAAUUGGCCAAUAAAUCCUAAUUUGACUAGGCUUUCAUUUAUACAAGAUAAUCCGCCUUCUUUGGACCACAAGGAGAGUAAAGAGAGGUUACCUUUGCAUGUUGAACAGUCUGUAGAUCUUAUAGAUCAUUCAACUUACCUCGAGAGCUAUUCAGGUGGUCCAACAUCAUACUUCAAGAAGCGUAUAUUGACGGAUGACUUACCAAAGAAAUUCGCUCAUCCAAUAGUAUUUUUCAAUCUAAGUCAUUGUCUAACACAAUUUUCAACAAGCCCAUUUGCAUCUAGUAUUGAACAUAUGAGACUUAUUAUACCACAGAGAGAUGUAGCGACAUCAUUAGCUAUAAAAGAUUCACUUCCAAAGGUCAAAAGUAUUGAUCUAUCUACAACAUUAAUAAAAGUUGUUGGACCAGAUGCUAAUUUAUCAAAUCUUUUAAGAAAGCUAAGAAGUUUAGAGUAUUUGAUAUUGGAUCAAACAGAUGUUUUGGGAACAGAUGUUACUUACACAAAUGUUGUGGCAAGAGACAGAGCGCGGAAGUCUGCGAGAGCUAUUGGGCAAAUGAGUGCAACAACCGGUUUAGUUCAUGCUAAAAGUAUUGAGAUUGCUAUAAAUGAGUGGGUAGCCGAACAAAGGGCAUCAUUUAUGCAAUUUGAUGAAUCAAUCAUUGAAAGACAACAAGAUGAAAGAAACGAAGAGAUAGUACAGCCUCGGAGAAGAAUCAAUACAGGUAGAAGAGCCUUCCAAGCCAAUUUUUCAAUAAGAACCGAAACAGGUUCUGAUACAAGAAACUUACCAAGGCUUUCAAAUGCAGCGAAAGCAUAUUUAGAAAACGCUCCAGUUAAUUAUUUAGUGUUACCAGAAUUAUCACAAUUGAAAGCUAUAACAGUGGGUGUAUCAGAUCAAGUUAAGAAAUGUAGACGGGAGGAAUGGCAUAAAGAGUUUGAGAAAGGUUGGCGUGAAGGAUGUAAUAAAGUUGUCGAAACUAUCGAACAAAUAUAUAAAGCGUGGAUGAAAUCUAUUGAGGAUGAUUGCACAGCCGAUGGAAGUACUACGAACAAAACAAUAACCCAAAAAACAAAAAAUAAAUACAAAACUUACGGAAAAUCUAAUAAUCAACCUCGAGCACAAAGAGGCCAAGUUAAGAAGAAAGUUGAAAUAAUCAAGCUUGAAGACACUAAAGAUAAUGAAACUAGUAAAUCUACACUACCAAAUAACUUUAAAGACCAUUUUAAAGGUAUGAGUAUUUGUUCAGAUGAGAAACAAAUGUUGGAAUUGAUUGAAAGAGCAUCUGAUAGGGAAUAUCAGGUGCCAGUCUUUUGCACGAAAGCCAAAUGUGAACAUCCAAGGAAUACUGGUGAUAAUGAAGGAGAGAGUGAAGAGGAGUUAGAAGAAGAGGUAGUAGAAAGUGAUAAGGAAGAAGAGAUCAUAGAAUGCCCAAGUAAUUGUGCUCAUAGGGUAAUAUGGGAUAUAUGGAAAGAUGUAUGA